AUGAAGAAGGAGGCCAUCCACUGGAUAAUGGGUCCAGGCAAGGGGGUCCCAUCUCGAGCGGAGAAACACUUUGGGGCGCUGAACUGGGACGUCAGUGCGUCCUCCUUCCGCAAGUGGUGGAAGAACCGGGACAAGAUCCUGGGCGACUCGGGCAGCAAGAAGCGUAUCAGCGGAGGAGGACGCAAGCCGUACCUGGAGGACUCGGAGGAGAAGCUGCUGGUGGUGGUGAUCCAGGAGCGAGCCAAGAAGGACCGCGUCACCAGAAAGUGGAUCGCCAAGACGGCGCAGCACAUGUUCCAGCGCUCGGAUUCGACGUUCAAGGCCUCGGAGAACUGGGUCACCAAGUUCAUUCGACGGAACGGACUCACGCUCAAGCGCAGCUACGUCACGUGCGAGCAACCGACGAACGCAGAGCAGCAACAGCAGACACCAGCAAGUGGGGCUACUAGUGCACAACCGACCGGAACAACCAACAGCAAGUGA